CUUAUUGUUGCAAAGGAAAAUCAACUCUAUCUCAAAGAAUUUAGUCUGUAAAUUAGUUAUAAGCUAUGAUUGAGAUUAAGUAAUAUUCAUCUUAAGUUGCGUUUUGCAUCGUAACUCUGAUAAUGGAUUAAUUAAAUGGAUAUGAUAUGAAAAAAAAAUUAAGAGGCACAAAGGACAUGAUUUUUUUUAUGCUGAAUACAAAUUUUUUGUCAGUCUUCACCAGAAUUUUAUUAUAACUACGUUUUUUAAACUUUCGAAUGUGGCGUUUAAUAAUAGAGGUAUAUUUGGUGAACCUGGCCAUUUUUUGAAGAAAUAAGUAAAUGCAUUUUUUCGAUAUUGUGACUGUCGCCUUAAAUGAGCUUACAUAAUGUAUACACGACUGCCCAUCAGGUCUCAAGUUUCUCCAGUUGAUUUUAAACUCUACCUUCAAAACUUUAAGGUUUAGAAUGGAGUUUGACAGAUAUGUAUAACCUGACGUGCUGCGAAUGUACACGGAAAGAUGGUUAAGUACUGAGUAUUGACUCAAUGCCAUAGGAAGUACUCAGUACAAAUAAAAUUAUCUAUUGCGUAGGUACAAGGGUAUAAGGUCAGAAUCCUUUUUCGGAAUGCGUUGUAGGGAAAUAAGGGUAUAUCUUUCGCUUAUUUGUCGCGCGAAACUUUUUUCAUAUAUGUCUUCUGAAAUUAUUCUCCAACAACACGCGAUUAAUUACAUCAUGAAGGGUAAAAUUAUCUUCACGUUCUCAGGUGUGCUGUACGCCGGCCUCAUGAUCACGAAGUCGGGGCCCAUGACCCUGGAGUUCAAUUGUCGUUUCGGCGAUCCCGAGACUCAAGUUCUUAUGACCCUAUUGGAAUCAGAUCUCUACACUGUCAUGAAUGCAUGCGUCGACGGCACACUGAACAAGUUGCAAGUGGCAUGGAACACCAAACUGUCUGCCGUAGGAGUGGUGAUCGCAUCCAAGGGUUACCCGGAAACUUCCACCAAAGGAUGUGUUAUCAGCGGGUUGUCGCAAGUGCAGUCGACGCCGGGGCUGGUGGUGUUCUACAGCGGCGUGUCGCGCGGCGCCAACGGCUCGCUGGUGUCGUGGGGCGGGCGCGUGGUGCUGGCGUGCGCGCGCGCGGGCUCGCUGCGCGCCGCCGCCGCCGCCGCCACCGCCGCCGCCUCCGUCAUCGACUUCCCCGGCGCCCACUACAGGAAGGACAUAGCGCACCGCGCCUUCUCCAAGUGAGUACACCACUCUUGCGUCACGUUCGUGCCAUACCA